GGAACUGGGAUUGAACUGGGAGCCAAGAGCGGGGCCCGGUUCCAGUUCCGGGAGAGCUGCGAGAAGGAGACAAAGGUGUUCACCUUCGAGCUCUCCAUCUCCAAGGUGGUCCCCGGUGACCGGGGCGAUUAUCGCUGUGAGGUCACGGCCAAGGACAAGAAGGACAGCUGCUCCUUCAACAUUGAUGUCGAGGCCGGACGCCCCUCGGGCUCGGACAACGUCCUGCAGGCCUUCAAGAGAUCGUGAGU